AUGUCUCCCAGCGCAGCGGCGACCCCCGCGGGCCGCGGCGAAAACGAAGCGGAGUCGCGACUGGAAAGGCAAAUAAGCCAACAGGCCGUGGACGAGGGCCAUGAUGCGGACAUUCCAUCUGCGCAGGGCUACAUAACGAUUUCAGAGGGCGAAAAGAAGCGACGGCCCUCGAUUGCGGAUCUGCGGCGCGACUCGACGACAGCACACGAUGACACUGCGACAGGCAGCGAGGGUCGCGAUGUCGAAAAGGAAGCCGGUACCGCCUCCCCUGAAGCCAAGGCCACCGACGUCGACCCCAACGUCGUCUGGUGGGACGACAACGAUCCAGAGCACCCAUACAACUGGCCGCGCUGGCGCACGCUCGCAAACUGCAUCCUCAUCAGCGCCAUGACUUUCUUGACUCCUCUGGCCUCUUCAAUCUUCGCUCCCGGUGUGCCCCAACUCAUGCGCGAGUUCCAAAGUAGCAGCCUGGAGAUGGCAGCUUUCGUGGUGUCCGUGUAUGUCCUCGGGUUCGCCUUCGGACCUCUGAUCUUGGCCCCCAUGUCGGAAAUCUAUGGUCGGGUCGUCGUCUACCAUGUGUGCAACGUUGGCUUCCUCGCCUUUGUGAUUGGUUGCGCGCUCGCCCCAAGCUUGAACUCUUUGAUCGCCUUCCGCUUUCUCAGUGGCAUCUUCGGAUCUUGCCCAGUGACAAUUGGGGGUGGCUCGGUCGCAGAUAUGAUUCCCCAGGAGAGGAGAGCUGCUGCCAUGGCGGGCUUCAGCGUUGGGCCCCUGCUGGGACCUAUCAUUGGUCCCGUCGCCGGUGGGUUCCUAGCUGAUGCCAAGGGUUGGAGAUGGAAUUUCUGGCUCCUUCUCAUCUUCGGCGGAUUUAUCACUCUUAUCAUGAUCGUGACGAUGAAAGAGACGUAUCAUCCCGUUCUUCUUCAACGAAAGGUUGACAAGAUGCGAAAAGAGACAGGCAACCCGCUGUUGCGAUCCAAGUUGGACGCCGGGCUCUCUCCCUCGGACUAUUUCAAGAGGGGCAUCAUUCGACCAAUGAAACUGAUCUUCUUCUCUCCGAUCGUCAUCAUCUUCAAUAUUUACGUCGCCCUCACCUACUCAUACCUAUAUCUCAUGUUUACCUCCAUGACGGAGGUGUUUCAGCAAUACUACGGCUUCAAUACGAGCACGGUCGGUCUCUCUUACAUUGGCUUGGGAGUGGGCUCCCUCAUUGGCGUUGCCAUAUUCAGCGGGACGUCUGAUAGGUACAUCAGGCGAAAGGCCGCUGAAGCCGAUGCAGCAGCCGAGGCUUCUGGAGGCGUCAAGGAGGGAAUGAAACCAGAAUACCGACUCCCUACACUUCCCCUGGGUGCGUUCAUGCUGCCGGCUGGUCUGUUCAUAUACGGCUGGACAGCCGAGUACAAGGUCCACUGGAUUGUUCCCAUCAUCGGCACGGGCAUUAUAGGUGCGGGCAACCUGAUCAUUUUCAUGGCGAUGCAGUUGUAUCUGGUAGAUGCUUUCACCAUCUACGCCGCGUCGGCGAUCGCCGCGAACACAGUCAUCGACGAGGCUGUGGCUGACAUGGACGAUGUUUCUGGGGGCCACAUAACCACGGUAGUCGCGGUUACCAUGACGACCUUGAUGCACCCGCCUCUAUCGCUCACCAGCGGAGAACAGAACACACUGUUCUGUCCGUCACAGGAUGCUUUCAACGUGGCAGUACCAUUCACGCAGCGUCCUGACAAACUCGCAAAAAUUGUAUCCUUCUGGCACGCCGAUACAGAGACUGCUGACUUCUGCAUUGCUGGCAGCGAGGGAUGGCACUGUGGCCAAUGCAAGGAUAUUGACGAGAAGAAGGGGCCACAUCUCGGGACUUGGCACGUGUGGCGGCUUGAAAUGUGCUCCAAUGUUUAA